ACAUUGACUUCCAUUAAAACCACAUGUUCUUAUCUCACAGCCUUUACAGUAUAAAACCAUGCAUUCUGUAAUGUAUUUCCCUUUGUAGGCCGAUGCAUGAAAUUAUUGUAUUAUAUUAUGGAGCCGUGUGUGUGUGUGUGUGUGUGUGUGUGUGUGUGUGUGUGUGUGUGUGUGUAAAUCUGUAAGUAAGCGCUGAUCAUUUUAGGGGUGAAAAAAGGGCAUCUUAUUUUUGCCAGUUAUAUUAUGGAGCCGUGUGUGUGUGUGUGUGUGCAUGCUGAUCAUUUUAGGGGUGAAAAAAGGGCAUCUUUUGAAGGAUGCAUUUCAUGUGUCUUUGGAAAGGUGCUUGAAUAAGGUCUCUUGCCUUUGUAAACAAAAACAACUAUUAGUGUGUUUAUGCACCUGGCUCAGAGAAGGAGAAAGACCUGGAGCAAAGAGAAGGAGCCUUUAUCUGCCAGCAAACUGCAGGAUUCAUCUGAAGAUGACAAGUUUCGAGGGGGAGUCUGACACAAAAUGGUCACUGGAGUCCUCCAAUUCUGUGAGUGCCUCUAACCCUUCCUCUGAAAGUGGAGAGGACACUGAAGAUCCUGUCCAUCCUAACAGUGAGUGGACAGCGAAGAAUGGGCAAGUCUGGUCUCUAUCUAAUACUGAAACGCUGCGCUACAUUAAAGCACCGACCGGCAUGAUGCCAGAGCCCACGAGAUAUGCCAUAUCAAGAAUCCACGAUGUGGCAUCCUCUUUCGAACUUUUCUUCACUCCUGACAUGAUCCAGCUGAUUCAGCAAAUGACAAACCUACACUCAAUCUCAGGAUGGAGUGAUGUGGAUGCUCAAGAGAUUCGAGCAUACAUGAGACUUCUCAUCCUGGCAGGUGUGUACCAGUCCAAAGGGGAAUCCAUCUGGAGCCUGUGGGAUGCCCAUAGUGGGAGACCAGUCUUCAGGGCCACCAUGUCCUACAAACGAUUUGAAAUGAUAAGCGCCAGUUUACAACAAAGGCAGGAGACAAUGUUUUUAUUCAUGCACCUCUUCAAAGACACUGCAUCCUUCAAAAGAUGCCCUUUUUUCACCCCUAAAAUGAUCAGUGCUUGCUUACAGAUUAACACAAACUCUCUCUCUCUCUCUCUCUCUCUCUCUCUCUCUCUCUCUCUCUCUCACACACACACAAACACACACACACACGGCUCCAUAAUAUAACUGGCAAAAAUAAGAUGCCCUUUUUUCACCCCUAAAAUGAUCAGCGCUUUCUUACAGAUUUACACAAACUCUCUCACACACAGACACGCACACACACAUGCACGCGCAUACACACACACACACACACACACACACACACACACACACACACACACACAGCUCCAUAAUAUAACUGGCAAAAAUACAAUAAUUUCAUGCAUCGACCUACAAAGGGAAAAUGGUUGAAUCUGGUGGAAUACAGUAGAAAUGUAAAAUAUCACCACCUUUUGUUCUAAAUGAAAUAUUGACUUUACAGAAUGCAUGGUUUUAUACUGUAAAUGCAGUGAGAUAAAAACAUGUGGUUUUAAUGGAAGUCAAUGAGGAAUUUUUGUCCACAAAGGUGUCCAGAGGGAGUAUCUGGCACUACAUAAAAAAUACUAAUGCAAUCAAUCUAUCAGUUUUGUUGAUAAUCUUGUCUGACAUAUCCAAGACUCUAAUCACCACGAAAGCCCCAUUCCCCUACGAUUUAUUUUAUGGAAAAUAAUUGCUGUUUCCAAGAAUUAAAACUUACAUUUAAAAUUUUUUUUAAAAAAAGCAGAAAAACAUAUUGAUAUAUGAUUAUUUAAUAGCAGUUUUUGUGUGCGUGUACAUUUUUGCCACGAAGGUGUCCAAUGUUUGUAAAUUUGAGGAGGGCACAAGGGUUAAAAAGCAGAAAAAAAAUAUUGAUAUAUGAUGAUUUCAUAUCAGUUUUUUGGACAUGUACAUUUUUGCCACGAAGGUGUCCAGAGGGAGUAUCUGACACUACGUAAAAAAUACUAAUGCAAUCAAAUUAAUUUUGUUGCUUAUCUUUGACAUAUCCAAGACUCUAAUCACCACCAAAUCCAUAUUAUUCAUUAUAUGGAAAAAAAAUCAUUUUUUGUGUUUUUUUUGUAAUAAAUAAUGAAAUACUGCAAAUAAAUUUUCUGGCAUUUAAAGGGUUAAAAUCCUGAAAAUGAUUGAAUGUUUGGUAGUUUUGAGCAAGGUAGAAGUUGUUUAAGAGAUUUAUGGAAAAAAA